AUGAUUUAUGACCUGCGAUUGUUAACCUAUAAUUACAACAACAUCGACACGAACAACAACCGGGGAACAGACGACGAUGUAACACUGACAUUGUCACCGGUGAUUGUUGGCAGCGUUCUGACCAUCAUAAUUAUUGGUGUGGCCAUCGCGAUACGGAUAUUUGUGGUGACAUUUGUACACAAUUUGCGACGCAAUCGUCAACAUGGCAGCAAGGCAACGGCAGCCGGUGUAACAGCCCAACCAAAUGAUGUCUUUAAGAGUGGAAAUCUGGAGAAACCUCGUUGGCAACAUACAGAUAUAAAGACAAAGUCAUCAGAGGAUUUGGUUGAAGAUGAACGUGAUCCGGAUGUUAUACCCUCUCAAUAUGUUGGCGGCAGCAGCGCUGGCAGUAGCGGAAGCAAUGCCUCCAAUGUGGGCACCACCACAGGCAGCAGCACAUCCACUGCAGUGGUGGCAUCAUCAACAGGAGCAGGAGGAGCUGGAACAGGAGUUGCUACAGCUUCGGCCACAGUUGCUGGCGAAUUUGCAGCAGCCACGUCGGUAGUUGGCAAUGCUGGAGGUGGUGCAGGAGUCUCCAAAUGGUCACCCAAUGGCAAUGUGAGUAUUUCAAAGGCACAAAAGAGAUGAGAUUAUAGCAGGGCUAC